UGCUUAUACCUGACUCUUGAAUCUCGUAAUUUGUCUUUAGGUAUAAGAAGAAAAAUGUUUCUUUGGGCAACCCUAGGUGGCACAAUUAUUGGCUCGGCCCGUUGUAUGGAAUUUCGUGAACGGGAAGGUCGUUUAAAAGCCGCAGCGAACCUGAUCUCGAAGGGCAUCACUAAUUUGGUUGUCAUCGGUGGAGACGGUUCACUAACUGGGGCAAAUCAGUUCAAAAUUGAAUGGCCAAGUCUUUUGGAAGAAUUGAAAAUCCGCCCGGAACAGGCUGCAAUCUGUUCCCAUCUGAAUAUUGUCGGUUUAGUCGGCAGUAUUGACAACGAUUUUUGUGGCACGGAUAUGACCAUUGGUGCAGAUUCUGCACUGCAUCGGAUUAUUGAAGCUACGGAUGCGCUCACAACGACUGCUUUGUCCCAUCAACGUUGUUUCAUCCUGGAGGUGAUGGGCCGGCAUUGUGGUUAUUUGGCACUAGUCGCCUCCAUGGCUUGCGAAGCCGAUUGGGUGUUCAUCCCAGAACUUCCCCCAGCCGAUGACUGGCGCGAAAAAUUGUGUAAAAAAUUACGUCUCGUAAGUGUUUGUGAAAUUUUAGCACCACUGUCAUUGUAUGUUUUACGGAUCAAGGGUGAAACAUUAGAUUCCGAAAGGUCCCAAUUUCAUACUCCGUUCGCAUGUCUAACGGACCAAUACCUUGUUUGUGUCGAUCGGGAAGCAGGUCAGCGCCUCAGUAUUAUCAUGGUUGCUGAGGGUGCGAUCGAUCGUCAAUGUAACCCAAUAACUUGUGAAGAGAUUCGCCAGUUGAUUGUUUCCGAGCUCGGUUUUGACACACGAAUUACCGUUCUGGGUCAUGUGCAACGUGGUGGUCGCCCAUCUGCAUUCGAUCGGAUUCUGGGCAGCCGUAUGGGAGCUGAGGCUGUCCUGGCCCUGAUGGACGCUGAUCGCAACCGUGACCUACCGGCGUGUGUAAUCAGUUUGGAUGGAAAUCAGGCAGUUCGUGUUGCACUGAUGCGUUGCGUAGAAAAGGUGAGCGGGACCAUUUUCUGGUUAGGACUUCUCAUGGCUUCUACAAAACCAGUAAAAGUGUCAAUAAUUCGGUUAGCUGGCACGCUGAGUUAG